UAUUUCAAGAAAGUUGCCGAGUAUGGACUGUCGCCCAAAACCGACUGCAACCAUACUUCUAUUGCUAAAAGAAUACGGAUUAUACAAGUUGGCUCUAAUGUUUUGCAGUAUUGCCAUGCUCAUAAUCCAAAGAAUCUAACUCUUGAAUUGAAGACGGGAAUCAUCAUUCAUAAGAAGCCUGCGGCCACAUACGACACCAUGAUAGGGGUACUUACGUCGGGGGAUGCAGAAUUCAGCGUAACAUUGUUGUAUUUCACUACUGAAAGAAAUAUCGGGUUGGAUAGCACUGCAGUUGUGAGCAAAGGUAUAUGGUAUGUGGUACAAGGGUUUCGCAUGGUGCACGGAAGAUACAUCAAGAUUUCCUCUGCUGGUAGACUAACGUACGCUUUUAUAGAUGUGAUACAAAUGGUGUUGGCUAAUUGCUGCACGCGUGUUGUACUAACAAACGCGCAACGAAUAGCGCUAACCGCCGUUUUGUUGUUCGUUGUCGUGGUGAGCCAUGCGUAUUCUGGUCAGCUUCUUGGACUUCUCGCCAACCCACCCCGAACGAAAGACCCCCAAACUUUGCAAGAAGCAGCUCCUAAAGUCGAAAGUGUGUACAUAAUAGAAAACUUGAAAGCAGAUGUUUUGAAUGCGAAUGAAGAUGGUUCAUUAACCGAACUGAUAAGUAAAAUGAAACCACGAAAUUUUGGUUUCGACGUGAAUGUUCUUCAACGGAUCGCGACGCAAGGCAAAGAAAACAAGACAGGCAUUAUCAUUCAUAAGAAGAAAGCUCGCACAUACGAUGUUUUGUCUACAGCACUUGUGAAGGGUGAAACUGACUUCUCAGCGACCUUCUUGUAUUACACUAUUGAAAGGAUGAUUACCCUUGAUGCAACUGCGGCUGUGGUUGUCGGUGAAUAUUGCUUGGUGAUGAAACGUGCCCCAUUUUUGCCAUUUGGAAUGGUUCUUCUUUCACCGUAUGAAACUUCCACAUGGGCGACGUUGUUGCUAUCCUUGGGUGUUUUGACAUUGUUUUGGUGUGAGGUACAAGAUUAUCGCUUAGUGCGCGACAGAUAUAUCAAGACUUCAUCGGAUGACAGAAUAGUGCACGCUAUCUUAGAUGUAGUACAAAUUAUGCUCACUAAUUCCAGUUCGCGCGUUGUGCAAACGAACGCGCAACGUGUCAUGUUGUCAGCCGGUCUCUUGGUCGUUCUUGUGUUAAGUAAUGCGUACUCCGGACAACUCUUGGGACUUCUCGCAAACCCACCUCGAAUGAAGGAUCCCCAAACUUUGCAGGAAGCUGCUCGUAUAGUGGACACAGUAUACAUAGCAAGAAACUUGAAAGCAGCUCUCAGAAGUGCGAAUGAAAACGGUUCAUUAACAGAACUGAUACAAAAAACUAAACCAAGAAAGUCAAGUUUACAUAGUGUACUUCAGAGAAUGGUGAAGGAAGGAAAAGAAAGCGUAAUUACGAGUUCGAGACACUUUUUUUACUUUGCCUACUACAAAGAAUUGAUGGACAAAGGAGGUCGAACUCUGCACAGCGUACCAGAUUGCUUCUUCACCCCUGGUCAUCACAGUUUCUUGAUUCGUAAAAAUUCCACUUUCUUCGAGGUAUUAAACAAGGUGGCAUUGAUGAGUACUGAAGGAGGUCUCUUCGACCAAUGGACGCGAUCGCAACGCCAUCGUAUGGACGCCAACGGCGUCACUGUUCCUGAAAGCUUCUCCCUUGAUGAGCUCCAUGCACUGACUUUAGAACAACUAAGUGGCUCAUUCACCGUGUUGAGUAUCGGUUGGGGCAUAGCUACAUGGUGGAACGUUGUCAAUGUUAAAUAUCCUCUAAAAAGUAGGAAUCGCAGAGAUGAAUUCUGUGAUCCUAUACACUCUGUGGAUGAUAAGAAAAUUCAAUUUCUUAUAGAAUUUAGUGAAUGUUUGAAAUCCUUGCUACAGUUGCCAACUCCAGGGAAAUUUACUAAUGAAACAAGCACAGCUCUUCUUCCCAUUCCAGUAGCUAUACUUGAAAUUUCUAAAUUUCUUCUUACAGAGUGCUCAAAUUGGUUUCCCGCGGUAUCAUUUCUCGUGCCCAAAAGUAAACUAUUUGAAGCAGUCUCGAACAAAAAGGCGAGUUUUCAAGAGCGUGACUUGCUUUAUUCAUGCCGCGAACCUGAGGGUUAGGUUGGCACCUUGAAAGAGAAUUCCAUAAAAGGAAUGUUAGCAGCCCUGCUCAGAACUUGACAAACAACGAACGAUUCUGCCCACCUUCAGCUGUGCCCCCGGUGUUCACGUCAUUUGUAUGUUUAUACGUUUUCUGAGCGUAUCGUGUAGAACAGCUAUGUCGGCAUGCCAGAAACCGAAAGUGGUGUUCGUGCUAGGCAGCCCCGGUGCGGGCAAAGGCACGCAGUGCAAGAACAUUGUGGACGAAUUUGGUUACGUGCAUCUUUCCGCGGGCGAUUUGCUACGCGAAGAGCGUAAUAAACCGGGUUCGCAAUAUGGAGAACUGAUUGAAUCCCACAUACGCAAUGGAUCCAUAGUGCCCGUGGCCAUUACUUGCAGUCUCAUCGAGAAGGCCAUGAAUGACUCGCCCUCGAAGAAAUUCCUAAUCGACGGCUUCCCGCGCAACAAAGAAAAUUUGUCAGGGUGGGCGGAGAGCAUGGCAGACAAGGUGGACCUGCAGGCUGUGCUGUUCCUGGACUGCCCGGAGGAGGUCAGCACAAAGCGCUGCCUGGACCGCGGCGCGCAAGGCAGCGGUCGGUCGGACGACAACCCCGAGAGCCUGAAAAAGCGCUUCCACACUUACAUGAACGACACGAUGCCCAUCAUCGAGCACUACGAGAAGCAGAGCGUGGUACGGAAAGUCGACGCGGAGCGUUCGCCCGCGCAGGUAUUCGAAGACAUCAAGGGUAUUUUCAAUGCCCUUCAGUAGUCGCGGCGGCUCGCGCAGGACGCGAGAGUUGUCAUACCGGUAGCACUGUGUCGUCUGUAGUGUGCGCGCUUUACGCCUGAACUCGAUUAUCCGUGAACGCACCGCCGUCGCCUUGUUUUAUUUGACGUUUCUGUAGCUUGUGAUGCGAAACCGCAAAUGCAAAUCUAAUUUAUUUUCCAGGUGUUUGCUUAAUUUAUCUGCCUUUGAAGGGUCAUUCUAAUGUAGGGUUUUUUUAUUUUUUUGGAAUAUUUUACGGAAUACUUUAUACAUAUUGUUUGUAUGUAACCUAUUGAACACUUUUAAGCUUCUUGGCAAGUGGCAUAGUUUAGGUGACCUAACUUAUGCACUGACAGAUCAUUCAUCAGAAACAGGACGUCAAAGUCUUAUGCAUUAGAAAAUGUAGAAAGUUAGACGAUUGUGUUUGUUAAAACAGAAAUGCAAUAUGUAACGAAAAUUAAGUCUUAUUGUUAAUAAUGACCGAUUUACUGCUGAUUGUGAAAAAUCAUUUUCUAAGAAAAAUGUUAAUACGUUGAUGAUAGUAAUGUGAAAUGUUCCUCUUAGAUGUUAGUGGAUCUUGUUUAUGUAGUUCAUUCUGUUACUUUUACCCUUCCAAUAACAUAAGCUAUAAUUCACCUAUUGUUUUUGCACAGAUAUGUUAAUUUUUAAACAGGUUAUUUUUGUAUGUAGUGAAGUAACUCAUCUUUGGUACUGUGUGUUUCAAUGCUAUACAUAAUUUUUAUUUAUUGCAUUCUGUGAAAACAUCAGAUAAUUUACUGUGAUUUCACUGGAUUUUAUAUCUGCUCCUUGUUGAGCUUUCCUGAGUCAUCUGCAUUUGAUAUCUUUGUUUUUAAGGAGUACGAGGGAACAUUGCCAAAUAAAAGUAUAGUUAUUAUUUUUCAAAAGUAUUCUCUUGUUUUUGUUUCAAUAACCUAUACCAUUUCAUACUUUAUCCUCAAUAACAGAAACAUAACAAAUUAAAUUUGCUCAUUGUAUGACUAACCUAAAUAAAAUGUAUAAUUUAUUUUUAAUAUUGAAUGUCAAAGCCAUUGUUUCCGUUCAAGGAAAAAAACAAUAAUAUUGCAAAAAAAAUUAGAAAUUUAAGUAUUGC